CUUCCGCCGCCACACAGGAGAAUGGAGCCCCACAAUGUGACUGCCACGCUCAACUUCACCCUCCCACCCAACUUCGGCAAGCGCCCCACCGACAAGGCACUGAGCGUCAUCCUGGUGUUCCUGCUCCUUAUCAUCAUGCUCUCGCUGGGCUGCACCAUGGAGUUCAGCAAGAUCAAGGCUCACUUCUGGAAGCCUAAGGGGCUGGCCAUCGCCCUGAUAGCACAGUACGGCAUCAUGCCCCUCACCGCCUUUGCACUGGGCAAGGUCUUCCAGCUCAACAACAUUGAGGCGCUGGCCAUCCUUGUCUGCGGCUGCUCACCCGGGGGGACCCUGUCCAACAUCUUCAGUCUGGCCAUGAAGGGGGACAUGAACCUCAGUAUCGUGAUGACCACCUGCUCCACCUUCUGUGCCCUGGGCAUGAUGCCCCUCCUCCUGUAUGUCUACUCCAGGGGGAUCUAUUCCGGGGAUCUGAAGGACAAGGGAGGGACCAUCAUCAUGCUUUUGUUAAGUGUGGCCAUCAUAGCGCUCUCGGUCAUCAAUGUGGGCAAGAGUAUCAUGUUUGUCAUGACACCACACUUGCUGGCCACCUCCUCCCUGAUGCCUUUCAUCGGCUUCCUGCUGGGCUACAUCCUCUCUGCUCUCUUCCGCCUCAAUGGACGGUGCAGGCGCACUGUCAGCAUGGAAACUGGAUGCCAAAACGUUCAACUUUGUUCUACCAUUCUCAAUGUGACGUUCCCCCCUCAAGUCAUUGGGCCACUUUUCUUCUUCCCUCUCCUCUACAUGAUUUUCCAGCUUGGAGAAGGGGUUCUUCUCAUCUCCAUCUUUCGUUGCUAUGAGAAAAUCAAGCCUUCCAAAGAUAAAACAAAAAUGACCUACACAGCUGCUCCAACUGAAGACACGAUUCCAGGAGCUCUAGGAAAUGGCACCCACAAAGGGGAGGAAGAAUGCUCCCCUUGCACAGCCUAG